CUGCACAAAAGUACAGAAAUGCACAAACAGUAUUUCUGGAUCAGACAGUUACAUUAGACGUUUGAUCAUUUUUGGACCUAAAGGCCUCGGUUGGGACAGCCCAAGCACUGACUGCAUCAAACCUGCUGAAGUCAGACCUUCAUGCUGCGUCUCACAGUACCGUGCGGGACAGGGGCGCAUUUGGUCUUCGACUCUUCAGCUGCCAUGGAUCUAAAAACAAACGUUAAGUUAUCUUUCAAUCGAAAGUGUGUUGUGUUAACUUUACUGAUCAUUUGUUCAUUUCAUCUGUCCCGAUCAAAGCGAGUAUCCAAGUGUCCUUCAGGAUGCACUUGUACGACAGAUUCCAUCAUUUGCGUCGGUUCGCCUUUCAUCCCAAGAUCUAUACCGAGUGACAUCAACUCUCUGAGUAUUGUUAAUUGCAGUUUCCCAGAAAUCCAGGAGGCUAUGUUUUCGCUCAUGCCUUCACUGCAGUUACUUCUCCUUAGUUCAAAUUCAUUUUCUGCAAUAAAGGAGGAUGCAUUCUCUGGGCUUCCUCACCUUGAGUACCUAUUCAUUGAGGGUAACAACAUUGAAGGCAUAAGCAAAUAUGCCUUCAGAGGACUUCGCGAUGUUACACAUUUAUCACUGGCAAACAACAAUUUAAAAACACUGCCCAGAGGGCUUUUCUCAGAUCUGCGAUCUUUGAUAGAGCUAGACCUGCGAGGGAACUUGUUUCAGUGUGACUGUGAUUCCAUGUGGCUGAUGCUCUGGUUAAAGAGAUCCAAUGCCACAGUCUCAGAUGUUUACUGUGCCAGUCCAUCUAGCAUGAAGGGUGUCCUUUUAAAGGAUGUCCCAGAAAGACACAGCAAGUGUGUCUCCACAGAUUUUGUUGAGCAUCAGAUAAUAAACACACAAUCCAUGUCGGCAGACAUCUUCUCUUACAAAGAUGAUAUAUACAUUGCCAUGGCAGUUCCUAAUUCAGACAGCUGCAUAAUCAUGGAAUGGGAUCACAUUGAGACCAAAUUCAGGCCUUUGGAUAAUAUUACAGGGCGAUCUGUUGUUGGGUGCAGGUCUGUUGUGAUCAAUGAGCAGGCCUUUGUCAUUGUCUCCCAGCUUUUCGAUGGCUCCCUCGUCUACAGAUAUGACCGAACGCAGAAUAAGUUCACCAAGUUUCAAGCAGUCGAAACGCUUAACGUGUCCAAGCCAAAUGAGAUCGAAGUCUUUCAGAUUGGAGGCGACUGGUUCUUCAUUAUUGUGGACAGUUCCAAAGCUGGAAUGACAACUGUUUUUAAGUGGAAUGAAACCUGUUUCUAUCCAUACCAGUUUCUUCACGAAUGGUAUCGUGAUACAGAUGCAGAGUUUUUGGAUUUAGACGGUAAGCCUGUUCUAAUACUGGUAAGCCGUUCGCAGGUUCCUGUUAUCUACCAGUGGAACAAGAGCACAAAGAAGUUUGUUUGGCAUGAUGAGAUACCCAACAUGGAUGACAUUGUUAACGUGAAGGCCUUUAGGAUCAAGAAUGUUCUCUACCUCGCCCUCGCCUGCUACAUUGGUGACUCGAAAGUCAUGAGGUGGACGGGCAAACGUUUUGAAGAAGUACAGGGUUUCCCUUCACGUGGAGCCACAGUAUUGCAGCCUGUCACAUUCAAUGACCAGCACUAUUUGAUUCUGAGCAGCGAUUACUCUUUCUCUCAUAUCUUCAGAUGGGACGAGGAGAACCAAAAAUUUUUCAAGUUCAGGGAUGUGUAUGUUCAAUGGCCACGCUCAUUUACAGCACUCUCCACUGACCAGCGUGACUUUGUGCUGGCCACCAGCUUUAAAGGCAAAACCAAAGUGUUCGAACAUAUUUCAGUUGACAUUAGUAAAUGAAGCUAAGAGAUACAUGCUGUUAUUUAGUAUAUCUCUUUUUUAGUGUAUACACAUGUAACCAUAAUAUUUAUGAAUGUAAUGUUUUGCCAAAAAGGCUGAAUGCUCUCCGUCUUCUGCCUUGCAAUAAUGCGCUGCUAGUAAAUGAAUGCAAAUGUAUGCAAAAUAUCGGACUGUUUUAACAUAUCAGGGCUCUAUCAUGAUAUACUGUAUAAUGGGUACUUAGGCUUCAUGUUAAUCCAAGGCACUGAAACAUGUCAAGGUUAAACUAGUCUAACUGUUGAGCUAUUUUUACUUGAUGCAAGCAUGGGUUAGCAGUGGUAGUAUUCAGCAGAGACCCUUCAGAGAAUGAAAGCCAUGCAUUUAAUUUUUAUUUAUUUAUUUAUAUUACUAUUGUUAUUAUGCAGAGGAGGACCUAUUUGUUAGUUUUAUUACUAUAGCUGACAAACAAUAUACUGAAUGUAUGUUUGGAUAUAUAAUAAUUCAAAUAAAUAAAACAACACA